AACAUUUAGGCAGGCGCAACUUAGAUGGGGCGCAUCAAACAAGGCAGCUGCGACUGUGGGCAGCCAAAGGUCGUUCCUUCCUAAUAUUAAAUCCACCAGCCUUCGUUUCUCUUCAGAUUGGGAAGGAGCCUCGAAUUCCAGCUCUGGAAGGCACGAUAAUAGCAACCUAUCAUUUCUACAUAGUGUCUAUGACCGACGAGAAUACCCGAGUAGAAGUCCAAUCUUCGAGACACUACGUCAGGCUCAGCUGAUCGUAUUCAGCAGCUCCAACGUUUCGCUUUCCCCGCAAAUCCGGAUAUACUCCGCCCCCGCUGUCUCAGCCUCUAUACAGCUGGACAACCCGAGUCGGAAAUUCCGGAGUGUACCACAGGCCAUCACCAAACCGGCCAAGCUAUAACUUUAAAGCUUCUACCGCUCACUCACUCAAUUUCCAUCCUGCACAUUAUUCACCCAAAAUGCAAUCUUCACUGCAUCUCAUCAUUGUCGGCGCCGGCCUUUCGGGCCUCGCGACGGCCAUCUCCUGCGCCCAGUCCGGCCACACCGUUACAGUCCUUGAGCAAGCACAGGAACUCGCCGAGAUAGGCGCGGGUGUCCAAAUAACCCCCAAUGCCUCAAGGCUGUUCAAACACUGGGGUCUGCCCGAGUCGAUAUGGCGGCAGUCCGUCGAGCCGAAGACACUCACUGUGCAUCGGUAUACAGGCGAUGUGCUGGCGCACGACGGUAUCUUCGCCAAGCACAUCCGGCAAAGGUACAGCGCGCCAUUUCUUGAUAUCCACCGGGUUGAUCUGCAGCAGGCACUGUACCAUCGGGCGCGGGAGUUAGGCGUUACGGUUGUUCUGUCGGAGCGGGUGAAAACGAUCCUCGUUUCAGACCCGGUUUUGGGGUCUGGGUCGUCUGACACGACGACGGCAAUGGCGACGGUGGUCACUGAGUCAGGGGAGAAAUAUACGGCUGAUCUAGUUGUUGCAGCGGAUGGUUUGUGGUCGCGGUGUCGCGAGUGUCUCCAUGAUCGGAAAGAUGAGCCUUUGCCUACGGGGGACCUUGCGUAUCGGAUUGUCCUGCGCGUGGACCAGAUACGGGACCCUGAGCUUCGUGCUUUUGUGCAGAACCCGCAGGUGCAUUUCUGGGUUGGGCCGAGGGCUCAUGCUGUCUCUUAUUCUCUGCGUGGUGGUGAUAUGAUCAACAUCGUGCUGUUGGUUCCGGAUGAUCUGCCACCUGGGGUAUCGAAGGAGGCUGGUUCGGUGGAGGAGAUGAGAAGUCUAUUCAAGGGAUGGGAUCCUAUUCUAACCCGGUUUCUCUCCCAUGUCAAUAAAGUCGACAAGUGGAAACUCAUGCAUCAUGCCGAAAUGGAAACUUGGAUUAACCCCUCCUCAACUCUUGUCUUUGUGGGCGAUGCCUGCCACCCCAUGCUCCCCUAUCUCGCACAAGGCGCAAACUCGUCUCUCGAAGACGGUGCCGUCUUAGGAUGGCUCCUCGGUCAUCUUACUAGCAAGGCGCAAGUCCCACAGAUCCUACGUUUGUAUGAAUCGUUGCGAAAGAGCAGAGGAGAGGCAAUUGUGCGAGAGACAUUUAAACAGCGACACGAUUUCCACCUCCCUGAUGGACCAGAACAAGUGAAGCGAGACGCUGUUUUCCACUCACAGCUGGGGAAGAGUGAGAUAGAGGGCGCAUUUCCAAGUCGUUGGACCUGUCCCGAAGUGCAACCCUGGCUCUAUGGCUACGACGCCAUGCAAGAAGUCGAGAAUGCCGUUGCGGCAAAUCCGAGAAUUUUUGGGGCCAACGCGGAGCUGCCCAAUGCUGGCCAGAAGGUGUGUUCGUGGGCUAGUAUAUCUUCUUAUCUACCGCUGUAUUUGCCGGUUCUCUUAUUUGGUAUUGGGAAGCUGGUUCUCUAGUUAGGGUUUUGAUGUAGUUUAGAAGGUUGCGGCUUGCUUGUUAUAUGUACCAAUAAGUUUGAAUGCAAAUAUAUACAUAGAGUAACUGAUAAUAUCAUGAUCAUGAAACGUGGCUGUCCGUCGCAAGUAAUAAAUACAAGGAAAAGAACCAAAUAAAUCAAUAUCUGAAGUCCAACUAAGCAUCAUCCAAAAUCGGCAGCCCACCCAAAUCAUCAAAGAACCGCGCAAUCCCUUCAAACGAGUAAUCGGGGAAUCCAAACCCAUACGCCCAGUCCGGGACAGCAAACUCCCCUCCUUCACCAGGGGCACCAGUAAACCCAAACCCAUCCCCAACCUCGGCACCAGCACCAGCACCAACACCAACCCACCCCAUUCCAAUCCCCUCUUCUCCACCACCGGCACCAGUACCAACAGAGCCAGUACCAGGC